AUGGCUGUGACAGGGGAGGAGACAGAAACAGGUAUGUUUGAUAUUCUUAAUUUGACUGCCUGAGCUGAGAGAUUUUUUUCUGUGGAGGACUCAUUCAAAAACAUCUAAAAAAAUUGACAGUGAGCAGUAAUGGUAAUCACGAUAGGGACUUUACUACUGACUAAGUGGACAGUUUCUGGUGUGAAGCUUUUCAGAGAUUGCAUAUAGUUUUUCCUUUAUGUCAAGUUUUUGAAACCUUUGUUUCUAAACUAGUUUAUCUUUUAAAUAGUCAUAAGUAGAUACCUCUGAAAUCAAGAAAGACAGAAAUGAUGGAACUUAAUUUUCCACUAUGAGUGGCAACAACCUCCGUCUAGUAAGAAAUCCUUUUGCAGGGUCUGUUUACCUCCCUUUCUCUCUCCCCCGUCUUCCUCUCUCUCUCUCUCUUUGUGAAAUGCUUCAGCACACUGCCCACUCACAGCACAAAGCAGCAGUAGCUGACGUCGCUGCUUUUCCAGGAACAGAUCCCCAACAGCGACAUGUAAAUGUGAACCAGAGAAUGAGAUGCGCAUGGACGUCAUUUGCCGGCCAUGUGGUGAUAAUACACAAUUCCAGCACAUCACAGACUUAGUCAUCUGUGUGCUACAUGAUAUGAGGGCCAGUGUUUGCUGGUAGUAGGUCAACAAUGAACAGAAGCAGUUAAGAAUGGCACCAACUGUCUGUUUUUUUUUUCUUUAUUUGAUAAGGCAAAAGUUGUUCAAAUGAAAUCUGCGAUUAAGCCGCCUCACUCUGAAUUUAUCUGUUUAUUGUUCUCUGAUGAACUUUGCAUUCUUAUGGAGCCUCUAAGAAUAAGAGCUCUGUUUUAGGGGAAAGGUCACACUGCAUCAUUUAGACAGAGUAGAGUGUCAUAGUUUUAUUUCUUUCAGAAUUUUAAAUCCGAUGACAAGCAAGUUUACUGUACGUGCCGUGAGUUUCACUGAACCAGAACAAAAACUAGACUUACAGGAGUUAAACUCUAAUCUGAUGAUAUGAGCGUGUCAUACAUGUUGCUCUGUGUCUCCAGGCCCUGCAGAUGACAUGACUGCCUGCCAGCUGCACAACCCCAGCUCCAAUCUUCCUCAGGAGAUGGUAGGUGCUAGCGCUGACAGUCGGAAGAAACCUGCAGGAGAUGCUUUACAGAAGAGAGAACUGCGCUUGAUGAAGAACAGGUGGACUGACACAUCCAUACCCAAACUCACUGCAAGCUGAUACAGACAGCUAAUAUUAGAUUCAUAUGAAUUUUUGCCAUUAAUGUUCAUCAUAACUAACAUAAACUACUACAGCCACCAAUCAGCCUAUCAAUAUUUUCAUUUUUCCUGCAAUUGACCAGGAGAGAAACUCUAUGAAACUCUUUUGCCAAGAGUGCUCUGGCAAAGACAGGCAGCAGCACAGUUUACAAAGUUUCUAACAGACAAUGACCAGCCAAACGUACAAACAUAAGACAAAGUGGCUAUAAUGCAUUAAAAUCCACAACAGGAUAACAUGGGAGGUGUUUGUUCAGAUCAAUCAAGAUCAUAAGUAUAUGACCCAAAAAAAAAAGUAUAUGAAGCAGAAUACCUGCAGAUUAUCUUAGCACCAAACAAAUAACCUUUUGGGGAUCAAUGAAGGUCUUGUAUUGUAUUAUUAUAUUGUAAUAUCGAGUUUGUUGCAUCCCAAGAUAAGGGUAAUUCUGGUGUUUUGAAAUCGAGCUCAACAUUUAUUUGUGCAUGAUUUGGACUCAAAAUGACCAGGAAUAAAUCCAAUUCUGCAUUACCUCAGUAUAUUGCCUCAGGAGGCAGCCAUGAAAUGAUAGUCACAAACUUGUCCUUGCAGGCAGUUCACGUGAUCAAAUAUGGGUUACUGGAGUUCUUGUUGAUGCUGCAGACAGGCUGAGGUUUGAAGUUUCAGACAGAAUUAUAGAAAUCCCCUCCACUAGGAAAGACUACUUUUGACAGCAGAGAACAGCUGUAAGAUCAGACUUUCUGACACCAUCAGACUUCAUUUGUAAAGACAUAUUCUAGUUUGAAAAGACGGCUGUAGGAGCCAUAAUGUUGCUUUGCUGAUUGGUUAUCCUGUGUUCAAUUGCUUUUGUCUGGUUGCAAUUGGUUUCGCUGGGCUAGGGUAAUGUGGGCACUGUUUGAAAGCCGGUAGGUUAUAUAGGGGGCGGAGAGGUGAGUCUAGGUUGCCGUAAUUUUUGUUGACUGCGCCUUAUGUUCUUUGUUUUACAAUGAUACACGCCGCAAAGUGUACACAUAUCAUAUCUGAUGUGCGCCUGUAAUCAUUGGCCGGUGUAGAAGUGUUUUCUAUGUUAUUAAAGCUACAAAACUUGGAUGAACUGUGGGUGCUUCUUUGGAACAGCAGCGGCGUGUCACACAAAAAUACAGGACCUAUCCUCUGCCUCAAGCGACUUUUUUAAAGGUACUAGGAAAGCCGCAAUAACUGCGACGGUUAGUCUUUCCUGUUUUCAUCAGCUGGGUUAUAGGUUUUAAUAAGUGUUACAACAAUGUCGACUUAAAAAUCACAAUUGAUCAUUUAAACCACCACAACUGCCAAAGAACACAGAUUAACUGACCAGUGAUGGCAGUGGCAGAAGAGCUACUCCUGAGUUCGACACAGCAAGAUCACUGUUUGAGUCAACUUUGUUUGGUGGCUUUGUAGGAAACAAUAAUAAUGUAUUUUAAUAACACUGUGUAUGCCUGCAGGGACUACAUCUAAGCUAAUACAGUAUAUUUCCUAGCUGCUGGUUACCUAUUUAUCACUCAGAAAACAAAUAUGGCACCACUUUCUGAGAAACUUGAUUAACAUAAAACUUAAAUAAUAUCUUUUGUUGAUUGUAAAUAAAACAUCAGUCUUGCUCUAUUGGACACGUGCACUUUAAACUUAGCACAGUUCUCCUGUGAUGCUCUUUCUGCUGUGUAAUACAAAAAUCACUGUAUAAAUAACAGUAGAUGGCAAUAUCUGCAUAAUAAUAGAAUUCACAAGGCUGUCAUUCAUUACGGCAAAGUUCUUCACCACACUGUGUUUUUAGCAGCUAAUUUGCAGCUUAUCUGACAUCACAACACCUGCUUUGUGAUGCAUAAGUAAUUCCAGGAGCUUGUUUGUGAGUUGUAUGUAUAUAAGUAUGGGUUACUGUUAAGCAUGGUGGAUUAUACUCUGUCUUUAAUGUGCUUGUUGUUCACUGUCUGUAGAGGACUUUGAGCUUUUUGUAUGUUUGCUGUAAACAGCCACGUGUCACUGCUGGCACUGACUCCGACGUUUCUUGUUUUUGCAUAAUGUCUGUCCUCCCUCAUCAUGAUUUUACUCCCAUUAAUCAUCACUCAAUCAAACUAGAUGCUUCAUUUUCUUGUUUGUUUGUUUAUGAUACCCAACCCAUGUACCACAUAUAUCUAAUUUCACAAACAUAAACAGCAACAUCCAAGCAUAGUGUGCCAACAUGACCUCACAAGCCUCUUGCCUUCCUUGUAAUGUGAGCCUCCUUUCUCCUUCGAUUUAAACUGAUUUAUGGAUUGAAUGAGCUCUCUGUUUUAUCUGGGAAAAAAAGCCAAGAAUUUAGAGGCCUCUUCUUUUCACAGUUGUUGUUGUUGCUUCUAGGGAAGCUGCCCGGGAGUGUCGACGAAAGAAGAAGGAAUAUGUCAGAUGCCUUGAGAAUCGUGUGGCUGUCCUCGAAAAUCAAAACAAGACUCUGAUCACAGAGCUAAGAGCCUUAAAGAACAUCUACCGACCCAAAGUGGAGUGA